AACAUGACGCACUUAUCGCGCGAUUCAUGGUUGUACACACUUGACGUACAAGAAACGUACAAUAGUUUUAUCAAGGUUUCAUCUUGUCCAAAAAUGGCAUCUGACGACUUAAUAGCACAGAGGGAUAAAAUACAGCAGGAGAUUUUGGCUCUUGAGAGUACUUUAGGUGCAGACAGCAGCAUCGCAGACCAACUGUCAUCCGACAACAGCAGUGAUUAUGAAUCUGAUGACAGUGAACCAACGGUUGAAAGAGUGGAGCGUGAUGACUUGGAGACAGAGCGUCAGCGGAUUCAGAGAGAGAUUGAGGAGUUAGAAAAUGCACUUGGUGCUGAUGCUAAUCUGGAAAAUGUCUUGCAAGACAGCGAUCAUGACACUGACUCUAGUAAUGAAGACAGUGGUGAUGAUUUAGAGCUUCCACAAAAUGUGGAGACUUGUCUGCAAAUGAAUUUGGUCUAUCAGGAGGUGCUAAAAGAGAAACUAGCUGAGCUAGAACAACUGCUCAUUGAAAAUCAACAGCAGCAGAAAGAGAUUGAGGUUCAGCUCUCUGGCCCAGGCAAUUCUAUCUCCUCUGUACCAGGAGUUCCUCCUCAGAAACAAUAUCUAGGAUACUUCUUGAAGCCUUACUUCAAAGACAAACUCACCGGUCUGGGUCCUCCAGCUAAUGAAGAAACUAAAGAGAGGAUGAAGCAUGGUAGUAUACCUGUUGAUAAUCUGAAAAUUAAAAGAUGGGAGGGUUGGCAGAAGACUUUGCUGACCAAUGCAGUCGCUAGAGACACUAUGAAACGAAUGCUGCAACCUAAACUAUCCAAGAUGGAAUAUCUCAGCACCAAACUGUAUAGAGUGGAGAGCGAGGAAAAAGAACAAUUGAAAAGGCAAAUAGAAUUAAUUGAGAAACAAAUAGCUGAAAUAAGAACCCUGAAAGACGAUCAACUGUUGGGUGAUCUGCAAGACGAUCACGACUGGGAUAAAAUAUCAAAUAUCGAUUUUGAAGGUUUGCGCCAGGCUGAUGAUUUGAAGAGGUUCUGGCAGAACUUUUUGCACCCGUCUAUUAACAAAUCGGUGUGGAAGCAAGACGAGAUUAAUAAACUGAAAGCAGUCGCAGAAGAGUUCAAGAUGUGCCAUUGGGACAAAAUCGCAGAGGCUCUUGGGACCAACAGAACGGCUUUCAUGUGCUUCCAGACCUACCAGCGCUACAUUUCAAAGACAUUCAGAAGGAUUCAGUGGACAGAAGAGGAAGACGAUCUCCUCAGAGAACUUGUUGAAAAAAUGAGGAUCGGGAACUUCAUUCCUUACAUACAGAUGUCACACUUUAUGGUGGGUCGUGAUGGAUCUCAAUUGGCAUAUCGCUGGACAUCUGUUCUGGAUCCCUCAUUAAAGAAAGGCCCUUGGUCCAAAGAGGAGGACCAGUUGUUGCGGAACGCUGUGGCAAAGUAUGGAACCAGAGAAUGGGGGAGGAUUAAAAUGGAAGUGCCAGGCAGGACCGACAGUGCUUGUCGAGACAGGUAUUUGGAUUGCCUUCGGGAGACUGUGAAAAAGGGAGCAUGGAGCCAUGCGGAGAUGGAAUUAUUAAAAGAAAAAGUUGCAAAAUAUGGUGUCGGCAAAUGGGCCAAGAUUGCCUCUGAGAUCCCAAAUCGGGUUGACGCUCAAUGCCUCAACAAGUGGAAAUUAAUGACACGACCUAAAAAAGACCUAAAAAGACCACUAUCAAGCAUAAGAACAAGGUAUCCGAAAAAUAAAAGACAAAAAUUGCUAAAAACAUUUAAAGAGGAGAUGUUUUUCAACUCCAGCUCUGAGGAUGAAAGCCAGAUAAAGUAUAUGAACAGUGACGAAUCAGACGAUUUCGCAGAGGAAGAAAAUCUGGAAAUACCACAGAAGGAAUAUGUGCAAACAGAAAUGAAGGAAUGGAUUCCUAGAAAUGCGACCGUAUGGGCUAUUACUCCAGGAAGUUUCAGAACAUUGUGGGUCUGUCUUCCUACCAAUGAGGAGGUACGGGAGUCCACUAAAGAGUCUGGCUUAGGCUCUGAUUCUUCAGAGAACCGUGUGUGUCCAAAUGAUGAGCCCAUACUGGAGCGCAACACCAUUCUGGACCGCUUUGGGGACGUGGAAAGGACUUCUGUUGGCAUGAAAACUAUUGUCUUGCACAGCCGGACUGACAGUGAGAAGGCCAUGUUCAAAGUGUGUAUGAGUGAUGUUAAACAAUUCAUUCAAAUGAAAGCAACAGAAUUCUCUGUGAAGAAAAAGAGAAAAGAAAAAAACAAAAAAAGGACGUUACGGGACGUGUUCAGCCUUAAUAAUGACCUCCAAAAAGCUGUCAUCCCAUGGAUUGGUAAUGUGAUCAUAUCUACUCCACCAAAUGAAGCCAUAUUUUGUGAAGGGGAUAUUGUUGGAAUCAAAGCAGCAAGCAUCAGACUCCAGAAGACAUCAGUGUUUAAAUUUUUUAUCAAAGCUUUUCACGUUGAUGUCAAUGGUUGCAGGACUGUUAUUGAAAUUCACAAAAAGCUAGGUCUUAAGAUGCCAAUUGCAAUAACUGCUAAUCCUAAACCUACUCCAAUAAGCACUCCUCCAAAAACAGUGGCAGUUCUGCUUCAGCAGUCCAAAGCAGCAUCUGAGCACAAGAAACCUACCGAACCUUCUCAACAACCAUCACUACCACCUCCUCAACAACCUUCUCUACCACGUCCUCAACAACCAACACUACCAUUUCCUCAACAACCUUCUCUUCCACCUUCUCAACAAUCUUUUCUACCAUCUUCUCAACAAACUUCUCUGCCACCUUCUCGACAACCUUCUUUACCACCUUCUCAACAACCUUCUCUACCACCUCCUAAACAACCUUCUCUACCACCUCCUCAACAACCUUCUCUACCACCUCCUCAACCACCUUCUCAACAACCAACUCUACCACCUCCUCAACAACCUUCUCUACUGCAUCCUCAACAACCAUUUUUACCACCUCCUCAACCACCUUCUCAACAACCAUCUCUACCACCACCUUCUCAAAAACCUUCUCAACAACCAUCUCUAUCACCUUCAAAGCGGCCUCCUCAAUUCCUGCCAGUCAGGCAAAUGACAACCCCAACUUUGAUUUAUCCCAACAAUCUUGUCAUUACACAGCCAAACAUCAAGGGGGCAGUACAACAUUUAGUGUUUAAAGGACUGCUACUACCACAGGAACCAUCAAAAGCUAUACCACACAUUCCUCUACCGCUAAUGCAACAGAAAACACCAGCACAACCCAUUGCAGUUUCCAAAUUGCCAAAUGUGAUAGACUCAAACAGUAUCAAGCCUUCAAAACGUGUCUGUAAACCUACCAAGAAAGCUCAAGCCCUAAUGGAACAAUCAAAAGUAAAAAGUGGGAAAAAAGAGCCUCAGAAACAAAACCAGGGCCAUAAAAAUGUUGUUUUUCCAACUGUUACAUUGCAGACACAGCCAGUAAUCAAGAUUCUGAGUCCUACCAGGUUGGUACAAGUAACUGGUCUUCCUGCUAAUAUCUCAAGCAACCAGACAAUGAACAUGCCAGACAAGUCCCUCGCAAUCAAAAGUUCUCAACCAUGCAGCUCAGGCAAUCUAAACCAGUCUGCCCCUGUGGUUGUUUCAUCCCCUACCAAUCCUCCCUUUGUACAUUCUUCAGUCUCAAAUGUCUCCAAAAAUAACCUUAAUGUUUCCUCUACUUUGAACAUUAGCCCCAGAGUUUCCAGAAAUGCCCUAAAUCCUGCUUCUUUUCGGAAUUCAACUAUUCCAUUAGUACAGAAUAUAAGUGUACAACAGAACGUUCAAAUUGUACCCCAAAUACCCAUUAAUGUGGUCCACAAAGCUACACCCACUAAAGCAGCAAAGAACUCAUCAGAUUCCUCCUCUGAUGAAAGCAUUGUAAAGCAAUAUCAGUCUUCUCCGUCCACCGGUCGCAGGAUAUCUCCUGCAGUUUUCAACAUUCUACCAAAUCCCUCGACUCCGCCAACUUUGGCUAGUGGACCAGUCAUAUUUAAUCCCAAUAAUAAAGUUGUAGCAGCAAAGCUUUGUGAUUUAAAUGUGAGCUCCAGUCAACUGCCAACUGUCAGCACUCAGAAAACAAAGUACAGACCUAUCAGACCUCUGGGUCCAUUACCUGUUGUAGCUCCUCCAUCUCGGAAAGUAACUUCAUCGUCUCAGAUAAGAGCUCUAUCAGUAGGUGAACCGCUGAUUCCUCUUCGUGAUUUUCCUGCUGCUGGUGUGAACUUUGAUUCUCACUUGAUAUUCCCUGAGAAAUCAUCUGAAGUAGAUGACUGGAUGGAUGGGAAAGGUGGAGUCCCGUUACCUCAUCUAGAUACAUCCUUACCUUACCUUCCACCGUCUGCUGCCACCAUCAAAACAAUGACUGACUUGCUCCGAGCCAAACAACCUCUGCUUUUAGCUGCUAAGAAAGUCCUGCCAGCUCAGUAUCAGGAUGAGAGCAAUGAAGAAGCUGAAGUGGAAGCCAUUCGCAAAGUGGUUGCUGAAAGGUUUGCCUCAAAUCCAGCAUACCUGCUUUGUAAGGCUCGCUUUUUGUCAUGCUUUACCUUACCAGCCCUUUUGGCCACUAUAAACCCCUGUGAGGAACGUCAGUUAUUCAGUGAGGAUGAUGAAGAGGAUGACCUUUUGGCCACCAUGAACCCCUCGGAGGAACGUCAGUCAUCCACUGAGGAUGAUGAAGAGGAUCUUCUGACAAAUGAAAGAAUUCAGCCACCAACUACAAGGACUGAACUUAACAUGAAUGAAAACGAAGCGUCAGCAAAACAGUUCUCAGGAAUUGGUCCAAAAAGGCAACGGAAUCAACGAAUUAAAAGUUAAAUAAAAUAAAGUUAUUCUACAUGUUUCUGUUUAGUAAUUCUGCCAGAGAAUGGAGUGCUAAUAGCUUCAAAGUGUAUACAGUUUAAGCUUUUGUUAAACAGAACUGCAAUUUUUGGAGUUUAAGGGACCAGCCAGGUAUUAUUUGUUCAUUGGGAAGGGGGAUGGAAGAGUUUUGCACUGACUAUUGUUCUAUAAUUAUUCUUAUACUAUUGUCAUUGUUUUUUGAAUAAAUUGUUCUCUAGAGCU